AUUUGAUAAUGUGAUUCGUAAAUUCGGUAAUUCUACGCUGCGUGAAAAGAACAGUGGAUUAUUGCUGAUACAAAUACAGUUAGCGCAAAAGGAUAACAGUGAGCGUCAAUCUGUCGACGAUAGCAGAACUACUAAUCGGGACGUAGAACUUAUUCCGUUACUCAGCUUUCUAAAGGAGCGUGUGAUUCAUACGCUGAAUAAUUGCGUUCCGUGUUUAAAAAUCAUUCAUCGAUGAGACUGGAUUUUUUUGUCGUCGUGACUGUUGAAAAUAGGGGCAUCACGUUGAAGGGAUGAUAAACAUUCUGCGAUUUCGUCGCUAAGGAUGAAUGGGAUUAGUGUAAAUCGAUUUCGAAAUGAAGCAGAAAAUUACGUUAACGCUAUUUCAAAUUCAGCGAGUAACGCAAAUUCGGGAACGCUAUAACGAUUGGGGUGUGAAUCAUCGUCAUAUAAAAGCCGCGGCUGGUUUAUUUUCGGGUGGAUCCGAUCUAUUUUUCGAUUCGCCAAGUAUGGCCUAUACAAGGAUUUCCGACGAUAUUCGAGAUAAUUGGCAACACUGUGGUGCAGUGUAUGUGUACGUCGAAACCAGGUGCAGAUAUGUCUUUCCGUGUUGUGCGCACCAGCAAGUUCCGCCACGUGUACGGAACACCUUUAAAACGUGAACAAUGUUACGACAAUAUAAGGGUGUCCAAGUCUUCCUGGGACUCGACCUUCUGCGCCGUGAACCCAAAGUUCCUGGCUAUCAUUGUGGAAUCCGCAGGCGGUGGUGCUUUCAUAGUUUUACCACAUAACAAAGUUGGACGGAUACCAGCUGAUUAUCCAUUAGUAGGUGGACAUAAAGGUCCAGUGUUAGAUAUUGCAUGGUGUCCUCAUAAUGAUAAUGUCAUAGCAUCCGGUUCUGAAGAUUGCGUUGUAAAAGUAUGGCAAAUACCUGAUGGUGGUAUCUCUAGGACAUUAACGGACUCAGUGGUAGACCUUCAAAUACAUCAACGUAGAGUCGGUCUUGUUCUAUGGCAUCCAACCGCGUCAAAUGUGUUGCUCACAGCUGGAUCUGACAAUCUUGUCGUUAUUUGGAAUGUUGGUACUGGAGCAGCAAUGGUACAAAUAGAUUGUCAUCCAGACAUGAUUUAUUCUGCAUGUUGGAACUGGGAUGGAUCCAGAUUAGUCACUACUUGUAAAGAUAAGAAAAUUCGGAUUUUGGAUCCACGAUCCGGAGAAAUAUUAGAGGAGGCUAUUGCGCACGAAGGCAGUAAAGCUACACGUGCAAUCUUUCUCAGGGGAGGCUUGAUUUUUAGUACAGGUUUCAGCAAAAUGUCUGAGAGGCAAUAUUCGUUGCGUGCCCCUGACAUGUUAGGUGAACCUAUUGUGAUGGUAGAACUGGACACCAGCAACGGAGUGAUGUUUCCUUUGUACGAUCCAGAUACAAAUCUGGUGUAUUUAUGUGGGAAGGGUGAUUCUGUGAUUCGAUAUUUUGAAAUUACUCCUGAACCCCCGUUUGUUCAUUAUAUCAAUACGUUUCAAACUCCUGAUCCUCAAAGAGGUAUAGGAAUGAUGCCAAAACGAGGCUGUGAUGUUAAUAGCUGUGAAAUAACUAGAUUUUACCGGCUCAAUAACUCAGGGUUUUGCCAAGUCAUUUCUAUGACAGUACCAAGAAAGUCUGGAUUAUUCCAAGAAGAUUUAUAUCCAGAUACUGCAGGUGACACGGCUGCAAUUUCCGCGGAGGAAUGGGUAGGCGGAACCGAUGCAGAGCCCAUACUUAUCUCUUUACGAGAUGGUUAUCAACCCUCGGUAGCUAAGAACGAUCUUAAAGUUCUUAAAAAGACGAACGUUCUCGGUAAAGGAGCAAAAGUUGCUUCUAAUGCGCAGAAUGCUACGCAAGCAGUACCAGGCAUUACUGAGGAAUUGUUGAAAGAAUUUACCGAAGAAAUAAGAAAAUUAAAAGCGGUAAUCGUGAAGCACGAGGGAAGGAUACGAGUACUCGAAUCAGCUGUUGCUCUUCAAAUGAAAGAGGAAGAAAGAAAAGAGAAGGCUGCGUCGCCUGCUGUAUCUGAGGUGCUUGCCUCUGACGAGGUGUAACUUUUUAAUUCUAUUUUUUAGCUCACGGACAAACAUUUUACGAAAAAAAAUAACUAAUUAUGUAAUAAAAAAAAUAUAUUUUGAUAUAACAAUUUGUGUAAAUAGUAGGUUUUAGUUAGCUCGUGUGUCUUGAUUCUUUGGAACGAUCUUUGCUAUUUAUUGUACAUCCAUUCAUCAUACAUCCUUUGCAUUUGUACCAUGUUUUACAUCUUUUAUUUUAUUAGACUGUAGCUAACACAUGACACUGCUUUGUUUAUUAGCAUUAAGAUAUUGGCUAUUAUAAUAUCCAGUACUCGAGACUUCCAUGUAUAUUUCUCUAUGAGGAUAAACGAGUGCCUAAUUUGUACAGACACGCCGCUGUAAAAUAACGAAAAAUUUAUUUUAUUCUGGUAUAGUAUCAGUAUGUAUACAUGUAAGGUCUCCUGAAAGGACGCGUAAUUUUGUACAUAAAUUAUGCGGGACACAAAGUAAUAAACAAAGAUUGCUAUUUUACAAUUACUAUGAGAAUAACAAUAUAUGUGGUAUCAAUUAUAUUUGACUAACUUGUUUUUCAACAUUGUGAAGAGAAUACAUUUUGUACAAAAAAUGUGAAUAUAAUAUAUAAAUUGAUUUAAAUAUCAUACAUUUCUUUCUUGCGUGAAACACCAAUUUGUGAUAAGUGAAAUAAUUGAAAUAUCAAAUACAUCAGAAAAAUCAAACGAUUUAUGUAAUUUUCUAU